AUGCACGCCAGGAUCGUUGUCGCUACCGUGGCCGUGUUGCUGGGGUCUGCAACCUGGGCUUAUCCUCACGCGCCGUGCUGCACCAAAGAGCUGUACAAGAAGUUUCAGUGCUUGUCGACUUUCGCACCUCUGGUGUCCUACUGCGCGCACACCCACAAGGCGAUUGGUACCCCAGUCUGUCACGUUGUCACUACUGCCACGGCCUAUCAGUUCUGGACAGAAACUGCUAUCAAGACGAGAGUGCUCAGCUCGACGCAGACAACGGAGGUUACAGACACGUUAACGACCCAGAUCACCGAGAACGAGACCUCUCUGGCCACCGCUGUCGAGACAUCUGAAGUUACCGUUACCCAAGUUACGACCCUCCUAACCACCAGCACUACCGAAGCAAUCACCACAACGACAGUGCUGCGCGGAGAUACGGCGGUGACCACAAAGAGCGUCCUUAAAAAUACCUACGACAUCUACACCGGCCUGACCUCCUUUGUUGACCCCCUCACGACCGUCUAUCAACCCAUCAUUAUACUUGUCACUGGCACAGUAGUCAUAGUAGCUACGACCUACCCCUAUACCUACACAACCACACCAGCCUGCCACGCAAAACGGACCGCCACUCUCGGUGGCCCCAAUGUGAACGAGCAGCUGUGGUCCGAGGCUCUCCAUCGCCCUCACCCUGGCCCAAGGCACUUCAUCGAUGACCUCUGUGACUGCUUAGGCAUCCGGGUUCCCGCUCCGACCACACCGCCCUGCACAAUAUCUAUCAGUGCGACCACGGUGACCAUGGCCCUAACUACAACAGCAACCACCACAACCACAGUCACCGCGACAAGCACCCUAACUCAGACUGCAACGGCCAUUGCCACUGCUUUUCAGACGCUCACCACAACUGCGACCACGACUUUGACGGAGACCGACACGGAAACAGACACACAGACAGACACUCAGACCAAUAUCGACACUAUCACUGACGUUGUCGAAGCGACAUCGUCAUUUACGACGACUUCAACGAUAACCUCCGCUUAUGUUUCGACGAACUAUGUAACCGUCUUUGACCUCUUUGGCCCUGGUACUACGACUGUCACCGCUUUUACAUGUACUUAA